AUGUUCUGUCUACGCAGCUGGCUACCCCUCCUGUUUAUUCCCACCUCUGCCUCCCCGGCAUUCAUCGUCCUGUUCCUGAUCUCGACAUACCUCUUCCACAGACCAUGUGUCUACUGCUCCCUAAUAAUGCUCACCCUCUUCUCUUCCUCGUGCUACUGGUCUGACCGCUGCUUCCUCGACUCCAACAACGGCCACUGGUUCGAACCCCGUUUCCUCUCCACCGCCGCCGGCACCGUCAUGAACGCCGCCGCAGGAGCCGUUGGCAGCAGCGGUGGCGCUGCCAUCCAGGCCGGGGCCAGUGCUGGCCAGGUAUGGACCGGCAUCGGGCUCGACUGGCUCAGGACCGCUGUGGGCAGGAGGGAAUGGAGGCUGCCCUGCGUGGAUGUCAACAUCCGGUUGUGA